GUAGUCUCAGUCGUAGACGUGUCUGCGUCAAAGUAACGUGUUGUGGUCCAUGUGAUUAGCACGUGGGUUCUCAUUGUGAGCGUCAGCUGUUAGCAGUAAAGUAUCGCGUUACACGUUUAUUGAACUUUUGUUAGAAAUAAUAUGGCUGACUACUUGAUCUGCGGAGGAAACAGUUACGUACCUGAAGACGGUAUGACUGGCGCCCAGAUGUUUGCAUGCGGUGAAGGAUUAACAUAUCAUGACUUCAUCAUCUUACCAGGCUUCAUUGACUUCGGAGCUGAUGAGGUGGACCUCAGCUCCGCUAUCACAAAGAAAAUCAGCCUCAAAGCUCCCUUAGUGUCGUCCCCGAUGGACACAGUCACAGAGUCUGAAAUGGCGAUUGCCAUGGCAUUGUGUGGAGGCAUUGGAAUCAUCCACCACAACUGCAGCGCAGAGAUCCAGGCUCAGGAGGUCAUGAAAGUCAAGAAAUACAAGCAUGGCUUCAUCAGAGACCCUGUGUGUCUCACAGACAAGCACCAAGUUUGCGACGUGUUUGACGUUAAGAAGCAGCACGGUUUCGGUGGCAUCCCCAUCACCGAGAACGGCAAGAUGGGGUCUCGGCUGAUUGGCAUAGUCACCUCUCGAGAUAUUGACUUCCUUGAACCAAACUCAACGAAGUUAUUGAGUGAAAUAAUGACUCCAUUUUGUGAUCUGGUCACAAUGCCUGCUGGCGUCAGCUUAGAGAAGGCCAAUGAGACUCUGCAGAGGAGUAAAAAAGGCAAAUUACCAAUUAUCAACGAGAACGACGAGCUGGUGGCGCUGAUUGCACGCACUGACCUUAAGAAGUCACGCAACUUCCCGAACGCCUCAUACGACGCCAACAACCAACUCCUGGUGGGCGCUGCCAUUGGCACCCGGGAGACGGACAAGCAGCGUCUCGAGCUGCUAGUGGCUGCUGGUGUCGACCUUAUUGUGCUGGACUCGUCUCAGGGCAACAGCAUCUAUCAGAUCAACAUGAUCCGCUACAUCAAGAACACCUUCCCUGAACUGCAGAUCAUCGGCGGCAACGUGGUGACGGCGGCACAGGCCAAGAACUUGAUCGAUGCUGGAGUGGACGGCCUGAGGGUGGGCAUGGGGUCGGGCAGCAUCUGCAUCACGCAGGAGGUGAUGGCGGUGGGCCGACCUCAGGCCACCGCCGUCUAUAAGGUGGCCGAGUACGCGCGACGCUUCGGCGUUCCUGUGAUGGCUGACGGCGGCGUGCAGACCGUGGGGCACAUCAUCAAGGCCCUCGCCCUCGGGGCCUCCACUGUAAUGAUGGGCAGUUUACUGGCCGGCACCACAGAAGCACCCGGCGAAUAUUUCUUCAGUAACGGCGUGCGGCUGAAGAAGUACCGCGGCAUGGGCUCCCUCGAGGCCAUGGAGAAGAAGAACAGCCAGGGCGCCGCCGCCGACAGAUAUUUCCAUGGAGAGAAGGACGGCAUCAAGGUAGCGCAGGGCGUGAGCGGCAGCAUCGUCGACAAAGGCUCCAUCAUCAGGUUCUUGCCCUACCUCAUAUGCGGCAUCAAACAUGGAUGCCAGGAUGUGGGCGCUAAAUCCUGCUCCAUGCUCAGGAUGAUGUCCUACAGCGGCGAACUCAAGUUCGAAAAACGUACUUUGUCAGCGCAGAGCGAAGGCAGAGUGCACAGCCUGCACAGCUACGAGCAGCGGCUUUUCUGAGCCCGAAAUCCGGCCUUCCUUCGCCUUCUUCUUCACUUCUAAGCCCACAGGACGGAAGUCCAGCCUUCCUUCGCCUUCUUCUUCACUUCUAAGACGCGGGACGGAAGCCCGGCCUUCCUUUGCCUUCUUCACUUCUAAACCCACAAGACGAAAGUCCGGCCUUCCUUCGACUUCUUCUACACUUCUAAGCCCACAGGACGGAAGUCCGACCUUCCUUCACUUUCUUCUUCACUUCUAAGCCCACAGGACGGAAUUCCGACCAUCCUUCACUUUCUUCUUCACUUCUAAACCCACAGGACGGAAGUCCGGCCUUCCUUCGCCUUCUUCUACACUUCUAAGCCCACAGGACGGAAGUCCGGCUUCCUUCGCCUUCUUCUUCACUUCUAAGCCCACAGGACGGAAGUCCUGCCUUCUUCUAUCUUCUUUAACGCUAAAUUAAUUCGCUCAUCGUGCAAGUUCCUCCUAGUCAUUUAUUGCAGCUAUGACGGACAGAUACACAUGAAUCAAGGUGAAUAUUCAGCUUUGUUCAAUGUUUUAUUUUAAACUCUGCGUUCAUUGAAGAAAAUGUUUAUACGCGGAUAAUUUGAAAAUGCACUGAUUAUAACUCAGCCAUCAGUGCAUUAUGGGUGCAGGUAGGGAUCAAUUUUUUAACUGCAUUUAAGAGAAACGUAAUCUCUAUCAUGGAAUUUCUUUUAGAAGUGUCAUUGAUUGUCCGAGGAAUGUCGAUACGACAAUUUUAAGUCAUUGAUUCAAAUGUACGGAAAUAUUUGCUCGUGUAGUCAUCAAAGUUGAUGGUCACGUGCUAAAACUUUGGGGCAACGAGUCGUGGGUUCCAACUCCGGCAAACUGCAAACAUUCUGUCGCUUGUAGGCGGCCCCAUCCUUUGCUCAUAGCGCGGCCGUUAGUGUGUGGUUCUAAACCUAAGGGGAGAUCUAAGCCUGAGGGGAAGAUCUGAGCCUAUAAGGAGGAGAUCUAAACCUAAGGUGGAGAUCUAAGCCCAGGGUGGAGAUCUAAGCCCAGGGUAAAGAUCUAAGCCUUAGGUGGAGAUUUAGCCUAUGGGGGAGACCCAAGCCCCUGGGGAAAACUAAGCCUUAAGAAGAUAUCUAAGCGUAGCGUAAGCGGAGAUCUAAGCUUUAAGGUGGAGAUCUAAGUCUUGGAGAUCUCAAGAAAUUUAAGCUCUGAGACUCAGGCUACUCAGCUUAUUAAUUUCCGAGUGGCAUGAUCAAUGCUUAGUAACAACGCGCAGUUUGCUUCGAGCCAUUUUAAUUUAUAGUCAUUCCUUUUCUUACUUUUUUUAACGUUUCUCUUCGACGACCUUUUCCUUAUUAGUUGGAUAUACAAGUAUGUUUGAUAGGAAAUUUCUGUGAUUUUACCGCGUUUCGAAAUUGAACGUUUUCAUCCGUUUCAAAAUUUCGUUCUCAGAACCUAUGUUUUGAAAAAUUGUACAAUGGAAGAGAACCUCAUACUUUGCAUGGUGGACGUGAAAUUGUACUCGUGGACAUAAAAUUUAUUAGGUCGUAUGUUCCACUCAGAGGAAUGAGUGUGACUUUGUCCAAACAGCGAUGUACUUUUCGCCCAUGAUCAUCUUGAUUGUUUGGCCUGUAGGGCGUUUCAGUGCUAAUGCUACGUUGACCCUCUGCUCGUACUGUAGUUAAGAAAGCGUGUCAAUAUCAGGACGGCAAGACCAAUUCAUUUUUGUGAAUGCAAUAUACAGUCGCUAUAUUCUAUGUUCAGUUCUAAUAUCAUAGAAUUUUUCGAGCGUGUUAGCUUUUUCGCUAUGGAGUCUAGGUUCGCAGCUACUUGGACAGCGGCCGUACCGUACUGUCAAACCGGCCGUACUGUCAAACCGGCCGUACUACACGUAGCGGCCUAAGUAGACGUAGAGGCCGAUAUCUCGCCUGCGAUUGGUGGAUUUAGCUUGAAGAGCCGUCAUUGACUGGUUAAUUUAACGACAAUCUCCUAACUUAUUGAUAGUACGGCUAGAUUCCUGCAUCUCGGAAUAAUUUUCUCGAAAUGAACCGGGACGAGACGAGAAAUUACCGGGAAAAAAUACGGGACAGAAUUUGUCCCGGAAUUAACGUAUGAACCGAGACAAGACUUGUGUCCCUGGCUUUAAAACUUGUAUCCCGGUAAUUAUGAAAUGAUACGAGACAGGUGGAUAUAAAACGAGACGUGGCGUAACGAGACGAGACAUUUCUUAAAUAUUCAAGGCGUAACAAGAUAUUCCUUACUUUACGGAAACAAAAUUCUCUUGAUUCUAGAAAGUCGUUAAUUCCAUCGCAAUCUGUAAGCUACCGUAAAUGAGAGUAAUUAGUCCCACCUUUUGCUCUCUGAAC